AUGAGUUUUAGGAGGUCACAAGCUUGUAAUGAUGGCAAUACAAUGACUCUAAGAAAUCUGGAAGAUAUUCAAACACACCAAAUACAUUUUAGUUUUCCUUCGAGAAUCGUCGAGGAUCGGUUCAAAAUGGCCGAGUACAACGCUUUGUUAGACGGUACCAAAGAACUCUUGGAAGGUCUCACUAUUGCUAAAGAGAUAAGUCAUCACUCAGUGACAUCUUUAGCGAAGCCUGACAACCUUGAAGAGGAAAAGGUCAAGUACAACUGUUUGAUUAAAGAAGGCAAAGAAUUAGGAAGAAGAGGAUGUCUUGAACAAGCCUUGGACUUAUUUCAGAGAGCCUAUGAGAUAUUUGAGUCUGAGAAGUUGCUGAGAAAAAUUGAAAGAGUCAAGGAAGCUAUAGAAAUGUACCAGUCGGAAGAGGGACAGGCAGAAGAGGGAAAUGGAGAUGAAGAAGAAGAUGGUGAUGGUGAUGAUGACGGAAUGUCUUACUGUGAUGUUGGUGAAGGCUUUUCUCUGCCAUCAGAGAUUUACAAGUGCUUAUAUCAAUACCAACUGGAGGGCAUCCUUUGGUUUUGGAGUUUGUUUAAUAAAGGAAUGGGAGGCAUCCUCGCUGAUGACAUGGGGCUAGGGAAGACUAUUCAAGUCAUAUCAUUCCUUGCCGGUAUGUUUGAUGCAAAGUUGAUCAAGAGGGUCUUAAUUAUAAUGCCAGUGUCAGUGAUGCCAAACUGGGAACAUGAAUUCAACAAAUGGGCUCCCGGUAUUCGUGUAAAAUCUUUUCAUGGAACGAACAAAAAGGAACGCUUCAGAAACCUAGAAAAAAUUCAAAGACGAUGGGGUGUUUGUUUGACGACCUAUGGUUUGAUUUUAACAAGCCAUGAAAAGUUGGCGGAAAUAACAUGGGAUUACAUCAUUUUGGACGAAGGUCACAAAAUCAAAAACACAGCAACAAAGACCAGCAAAAACCUCCGAGCAAUCCCUGCAAAAUACCAUUUUAUUCUGACUGGAACACCAGUACAGAAUAACCUAAGGGAAAUGUGGGCAUUGUUUGACUUUGCUUGUGAAGGCAAGCUGUUAGGAACAUCCCGCACGUUCAAGCAAGAGUAUGAGAAUCCGAUUGUGAGGGCAAGAGAAAGGGAUGCCAGUGCUUAUGAAAAGCGCAUUGGAAAUGAGAUGUCAGAAAGCUUACGCAAGCUAAUUGAGCCACACUUUCUGCGUCGUACCAAAGCAAUGGUACUAGAGAACAACGAAACAGAAACUGAUGGAGUUGAUGAAUCAGUAGAAUCAGAAAAAGAAAACAGACCAAAUUAUUCAUCUAAAAUGCCUGAGGAUUUACCAAGAAAAAAUGACUUUGUCAUUUGGCUGAAAAUGUCUGACAGCCAAAUAAAAAUCUACAGUGACUUUCUGGGUCUUGAACGAGUGAAAGAGAUGUUAAUGAGCACUCGAUCUCCAUUGGCCGAACUGAAUGUGUUAAAGAAGAUCUGUGAUCACCCUCGUCUUCUUUCUACUCUUGCCUGUGAGCAGCUUGGCCUGGACGAAGAAGCCAGGUUAGUUGAGAUGGACACCGAAGAAGAUAGUGCUAGAUCAUUUGCCACUCAACCAAAGGGGUUGGGUCCUUCAGACAAAGUGCUCACUCAGGAGUCAGGAAAAAUGGUCUUCUUAGUGUCACUGUUAGAGAACCUUAAGUCUGAGGGCCAUAGGUGCCUAGUGUUUAGUCAGUCCCGGAAAAUGCUGGACAUUAUUCAGAGGGUCAUCACACAUGUGGUCGGCGGUGUUGGCAUUACGCUCACCAAAGCUGAUCGUGUGGUAAUCUUUGAUCCUAGUUGGAAUCCCGCCUCUGAUGCACAAGCUGUGGACAGAGUGUAUCGUAUUGGACAAAAGAAGACUGUUGUUAUUUACCGCCUCAUCACUUGUGGGACGCUUGAAGAAAAAAUCUACCGCAAGCAGAUCUUUAAGGAAGCGUUGAUGAAGCAGACUACAGGGACGUCCAAAAAUCCUUUUAGGUAACGUGUCAAUUAUCUUGGAGUGAGGGUGUUGGGGAAGUCGAGGGGGGUGGGGAGGAACCUAUUUUUCUUGAACCCUGAGAAGAGGGUUAAGAAGAUGAAGAGCUAAUAAUAAUUCAGGGGAAAGCCAUCCUCGUCAAAACUAUGAAAGCCAUUUUUUUAACAGACAUUGAAAAUAUUUUUUUACAGUAGCAAACUGUUAUGCAAAAAAACCCCAGAUAUUUGGGUACCUUGAAAAGCUAAGCCCAAAUUUUGAAGUUCGUCGUUUGUAAUCCGUGUUAA